AUGCGGCUUCAAGCUGGGGCGGCCAAGCUGCGGGGCCAGAUAGACACCCUCAAGCUCCAGCUGCCUGCGCUGGAGGCUGAGAAGAAGACUGCCGUUGCAGCCAGAAGUUUCAAGGACCUCCGAGGCGGGCCGUCUCACGGAGGACAUCAAGAGGCGCGAGGCCGAGCGGGGCUCGCUGGAGGCGGAGCUGGAGGCCAUGCAGGCUGCGCCCUGCUGCCGCGGGAGGCGCUCGUGGCCUCCCGGCAGCUCGAGGAGAGCUCGCAGGCCGAGCUCCUCCAGGUCGAGGCGGCGUGCGCGGCCGAAGAGGUCCGGGUCCUGCGAAGACAGGUCGCGGACGUCGAGGCGCUCUGCUCGCGCCGGGGCACCAGCGCGGCGGAGCGGCAGCUCUUCGAGCAGGAGAUCGACGUCCUCCAGAGGUCCCAGGAGCAGCUGGCCAAGAAGUACGCGAUAGAUGUGUCAAGCUUGGAAGAGUUGCCCGUGGAGGAAGACGAAGAGAUCGACGACGAGCCAGAGGACGACGCCGAGGACGAGGACUGGGAGAUGCGCCUCAGUCGGCGUUGCCGGCAGCCGCGGCCACGCCAGGGGCGGACUCUACCGACCGAAGCCCUGCCGCCAGCUCGGAGCCGCUGGCGGCGGCGGUCGCUUCGCCGCCGUCGCCGGCGGCCGCCACGCCGGUGGCGGCCUCCUCGGAGGCGGCGGUCGUGGAGUUGCCUGCAAGAGAUCCCGAGGCGGCCGCGAGGCGGCGCGCGGAGCUCCGCGGGCUGCUGCCCGAGAAGGAGGCGCGGCCCCGCAAGCGCGCC